AUGGAAAACCAGACAACGGUGAAAGAAUUCAUCCUACUCGGACUGACAAGUGAUCCAGAAUUCCAAGAUGUGCUUUUCCUCUUUCUUUUGCUCACUUACGCAUUGAGCAUCACUGGCAAUCUGACCAUCAUCACCCUCACCCUGCUGGAUCCCCACCUUCACACCCCUAUGUACUUCUUUCUCCGCAACUUCUCUUUCCUGGAGAUCUCCUUCACCUCUGUCUUUGUUCCCAAAAUGCUGGUCAACAUCGGCACCGGGGACAAGACCAUAUCCUUCGCUGGCUGCUUCACACAGUAUUUUUUCGCCAUUCUCUUGGGGGCAACUGAGUUCUACCUCCUCGCGGCCAUGUCCCUGGACCGCUAUGUCGCAAUCUGCAGGCCCCUGGAAUACACAACCAUCAUGAGCAGGAGGAUUUGUGUUCUGCUCGUCUUCUGCUCUUGGGUCUCCGGUUUCCUCGUCGUCUCUGGGCCGCACAUCAUGACCAGCAUGCUCCCUUUCUGUGGAGCCAACGUCAUCAACCAUUACUGCUGUGACUACACCAUCUUGCUUCAACUCGCCUGCUCGGACACACACGUCAUUGAGAUGAUGGAGCUGGUCCUUGCUGUAGUCACGCUGAUCUUGACCUUGGCGUUAGUAAUCCUGUCCUACGCCUACAUCCUCUGGACCAUUUUGAGAAUUCCCUCCGUCCAGCAGAGGAAGAAGGCCUUUUCCACUUGUUCUUCCCACCUAAUCGUCGUCGCCCUGUCCUACGGCAGUUGUAUCUUCAUGUACGUCAAUCCCUCUGUGAAAGAUGCUGCAGCUUUCAAUAAGGGGGUGGCUGUUCUGAACACUUCAGUGGCCCCCUUGUUGAAUCCCUUUAUUUAUGCCUUGAGAAACCAGCAGGUGAGACAAGCCUUUAAGAAUGUGUGCAGAAAGAUAAGCGUCUUCUGA